AUGCCUGAAGAAAUGGAAACCAAGGCUGGAGCUCUGCUCUGUGUGUCAUUGGACACCCAAAAGCUGGAGGAUCCUGGUUACUGGGUGAAAAUUCAUCACUUAGAGUACACAGAUGGAGGAAUCCUGGAUCCAGAUGAUGUCUUGGCAGAUGUUGUUGAAGACAAAGAUAAGCUGAUUGCUGUGUUUGAUGAACAAGAACCACCCCACAAGAUUGAGAGCCCCGAUGGAAACCCUGCAGAUUGGCAGAGCCCUGAUGCUUUGGAGACAGAAGUGGCUGCUCAAAUGGCUUCAUUUAAACCAAUCAGUGGGGAAAUUGAAGUAACCCCUUCUUCUCUGAAGUUAGGCACUCCACUGCUGGUGAGGAGAAGCAGUGACCCAGCGCCUGGGCCACCUGCUGAUGCUCAGCCGAGAGCUACACACCCAGGUGGCCAGAGUGUGAGACCUGUUGUUUCAGAUUCCACACAGAACUUGGAAGACAGAGAAGUGAUGAAUGGUGUACAGACGGAACUACUAAUGUCGCCAAAAAUAAAGGAUGCAUUGAGUGAUAUGACAAGAAGAGUGGACAUUUCAGGGGAAGGAGGUCCCUUAGGAAUACAUGUAGUGCCCUUCUUUUCAUCUCUGAGUGGAAGGAUCCUAGGACUCUUCAUCCGAGGCAUUGAAGAAAACAGCAGGUGCAAGCAGGAGGGACUCUUUCAGGAAAAUGAAUGCAUUGUAAAAAUCAACAAUGUGGAUCUCGUAGACAAAACUUUUGCUCAGGCUCAAGAUAUCUUUCGCCAGGCAAUGAAAUCCCCAAAUGUGCUCCUCCAUGUGCUUUCACCGCAAAACCGUGAACAGUAUGAAAAAUCAGUCAUUGGACCUCUUAACAUUUUUGGUAACAAUGAUGGCGUUUCGAGAACAAAGGCGCUGCCUCCUGUCCAUGGCAAAUCGGGACUAAAGACAGUAAAUCUCACAGGAAUAAAUAGUCCUGAAGCAGAUCCAUCACCUUCCCUGCAACAAAGCAAGAGCCCCAGAGUACCAAGACUAGGAAGAAAGCCUUCUUCUCCCUCACUCUCCCCUCUCAUGGGGUUUGGCAGCAAGAAACAUGCAAAGAAAAUUAAAAUUGACCUAAAGAAAGGUCCUGAAGGACUUGGUUUCACUGUGGUUACCAGAGACUCUUCCAUUCACGGUCCAGGUCCAAUUUUUGUAAAAAACAUUUUACCAAAGGGAGCAGCAAUAAGAGAUGGCCGCCUACAAUCAGGCGACAGAAUUUUGGAGGUGAAUGGCAGAGACGUCACUGGACGGACACAGGAAGAACUUGUGGCCAUGCUGAGGAGCACCAAGCAGGGAGAGACAGCGUCACUGGUCAUUGCCCGCCAAGAGGGAAAUUUUCUGCCCAGAGAGCUGAAAGGAGAACCUGACUGUUAUGCACUCUCCCUGGAGAUGAGUGAGCAGCUCACGUUUGAGAUCCCCCUGAAUGACUCUGGUUCUGCUGGCCUUGGGGUGAGCUUGAAAGGGAACAAAGCCCGAGAAACUGGAAUGGACUUGGGAAUCUUUAUCAAAUCCAUCAUCCAUGGAGGUGCUGCUUUUAAGGAUGGUCGUCUGCGAAUGAAUGACCAGCUGAUUGCAGUUAAUGGGGAAUCUCUUCUGGGAAAGUCCAACCACGAAGCUAUGGAAACACUUAGACGAUCAAUGUCUAUGGAAGGAAACAUACGAGGGAUGAUCCAGUUGGUAAUUCUGAGGAGACCAGAGAGACCAACAGAGGAGACUGCUGAGUGUGGGGCGUUUUCCAAGCCAUGCUUUGAGAACUGUCAAAAUGCCCUAGCCACCUCCAGCCGAAAUGAGAGUGGUAUACUGCAUUCCUUUGACAACUACAGUCCACAAGAUAAACAGAAAGACCUGGUGCUGCCCCAUGACGAGUGGGCCAAGUGUGAAGUCCCACCCUCUCCGCCACCACGUCCCAGUCUGGAAUUGGGCCUUGAAGAUUACAGCUACAGCUCUGGGGUGGACUCAGCAGUAUAUUUUGCAGAUCAGCACAUCAACUUCAGACCCAUGACACCGGCCAGGCAGCCUGAAUCAAUUAACCUGAAAGCCUCGAAGAGCAUGGACCUUGUACCAGAUGAAAGCAAAGUACACUCAUUGGCUGGACCCAGACCGGAAUCUCCAAACAAAGAUUUUGGUCCAACCCUGGGAUUGAAAAAGUCCAGUUCCUUGGAGAGUCUGCAGACUGCUGUGGCCGAAGUCAGGAAGAAUGAACUCCCUUUCCACAGACCCCGGCCACACAUGGUCCGAGGCCGCGGCUGCAACGAGAGCUUCAGAGCAGCCAUUGACAAGUCCUAUGAUGGACCGGAAGAACUCGAUGCUGAUGGUCUGUCUGAUAAGAGCUCUCACUCGGGCCAAGGGGCUCUGAAUUGUGAAUCUGCCCCUCAGGGGAACUCUGAGCUAGAGGACCUGGAGAACAAAGCCAGGAAGGUAAAAAAAACAAAAGAGAAGGAGAAGAAAAAGGAAAAAGGCAAGCUGAAAGUCAAAGAGAAAAAGCAGAAAGAGGAAAAUGAAGACCCAGAAAGAAAAAUAAAGAGGAAGGGACUUGGAGCCAUGCUGAGCAGAUUCGGCAAAAAGAAAGACGGGAAGAGAGGAGAGGCGGAGCAGAAAGGUGGCCCGAAGCAAGGGAACCCGCGAGAGGAGGAGCUGGAGAAAUGGAAAGGGACGCAAGAACGGAUUGGAGCAAAACAUCAAGAGCUAAGAGAAAAGCAAGCAAGAGGUCUUCUCGAUUAUGCAACUGGUACAAUUGGAUCAGUGCACGAUAUGGAUGAUGAUGAAAUAGACCCCAAUUAUGCCAGAGUGAACCACUUUCGGGAGCCAUGUGCAUCAGCAAAUGUCUUUAGAUCUCCAUCUCCUCCUCAGGCUGGACCAUUUGGUUACCCUAGGGAUGGCCGCCCACUGUCUCCGGAAAGAGACCACUUAGAGGGUCUCUACGCCAAGGUCAACAAGCCAUAUCAUCCGCCAGCUCCAGCUGACAGUGGCCGUCCGGUGGGAGGAAACUCCGACCGCAUCCAGAAGCUGCGAAAGGAGUAUUAUCAGGCUCGCAGGGAGGGCUUCCUUUUAUAUGAAGACGAUGAAGGAAGACCAAGACCCACUGAUUAUGAUCUCCACUGGGUGUCUGGAAAGAGUCCAGAGAGGAAUGCGCACAGCCUCCGCUUUGAGGGGAUGGAGAGACAGUACGCGUCCUUACCCAGGGCAAGCCCAGCAGACCCCGUGGACUAUCUGGCAGCAGCGCCUCGAGGGCUCUAUAGUGAAAGGGAGCUUCCAUAUUACCCAGGAGCUCACCCUGUACACCCUCCCAAAGGGGGCUAUGCCCGCCCCCCAGAUCUGAGGGUGACAGACCUCCGGUAUCCUCAAUACUACCCACCCCCGCCAGUCCCCCAGCACAAAGGACCCUUCCGACAAGACGUUCCACCUUCUCCUCCUCGGCACCAAAGAGUGCCAGCCUAUCAGGAAAUGGGAAGAGCAAGACCCCAAGGGGGCAGCCCCGACCGCCACCCCUACAGAACACAAGAUCCUCGGCAGAAGAACCCCAUGACUGCAGCCGUAUAGCUGAACAUCACCAAGACCUCCUCAGCCUAACCCAGCAAGGAAGAGGUCUUUGCACUUCCUACACCUCAAGGCCUUCUCCUCGUUAGGAAUUCUCCAUGGUACAGAUUGGUUUUUGCUCACUGACGUUGAGACACUUGAUGGCUAAUCAGAGAGGAAUAGAAGGAAUAGGAAGUAGACUCAGAAGGAAGAGGAAGAAAGAGAUUGUAAAAAGCAAUACUUCCUGAUACUUGAAAGUCUUCCAGAAUUGAUCAAGCCAGUACGAGUGGCAACUGAACAACUAAAAAUGAAGAUUAACCAUGUGGUGCCUCCCCAGCUAGAGAACUUGUGCCCAUGCAUCCCUGCCUGUCAUAGAGCUGCCAGUGCAAGCAGUCUCUGCGGGCAGCAGCGCCAGUCAUAGGCUCAGCCUCAGCCCCUCAGUGGAGCUGUCAGGGCUGCAAAGUGAGCCACUGUGUCCGCUCUUCCAAGGUACCCCUUCUUGCACUGGAAAGUGUGUUUCUUCUCCUACUUUGACUUGGCCCAAACUCGCUCUGCAGAGCCUGUUUCUUUUCCUACCUUUAAUAAAGUUUUGCUACCAUCAAAAAAAAAAGAGUGACAGAGUAGAGAGCCUGCCAAUCUGGGCAUCUUAGUAAGUACACUUUUUUUUUUUUUUUUCAUUAAGAAAAAAGCAAUACCAAACAUGGCUAGUGACUUGCAUGAAAUUUUCCAUACCCAGAGAAAGACUGCAUUUUUGUAUAAUCUUUCUUGGGGUCCCGAUUCCACUCAUUUGAUAUAAACAUGUCACAUGUUUCCUUGCUUUUUUGAUAUAAAAGUCAGUGAAAAAGUGAAUGCAGUAUUAGUGUCCUAGAAGAAUGUGCAGAGCUGCUCGGAGCCCCAGAAGGAGUGUGUUCUGUGGACCACAGUGCCCUGUUGAAGGCACGCUGCCUCCUGUGAUCCUCGCCUUCCUCCUGCCCACACCUCAGGCUUGAUAGCUGGGAGAUGGCUGGUUUCGGGCUCGUCCCCAUAUCUCUUGCCUAUAAUUAUUUUAACUGAGGCCUCUAUUUUCGGACUCUCACUUGAGAACUGAAGUGUUCUUGGGAUCAAAAGAAGGCCUGCUGGUUAGGCUACAUAGGAAGCAAGGCCCUAGGGUUGCCAAUUCUGGACUCCGUGCCAAACAGUGCCAUUCUGCACAUGGGGACAGUGAGGAGCUGACUGUGACCUUUGGAAACUGACCACCAGCAUGUAGCAGAUGGAAGUGAAUGACUGCAUGUGUGCGUGUGUGUCUACAAAUGUAUGGUUACUAAUAUGAAAAGUCAAAACGCGUUCCGGAGAGGUUGGGAGGACAGGGAAGAAGAGGCAUAUGAUUAAGUCAGUCUGCAUGUGCUAGAUUUCAUUCAUAAAACUCAGGGCAAGGACGAAAUCUCCAACUGAUGAAGGACGGUCUUAUGGCUUCAAGAAACCGAAAGCCCACCUUCUAAAAUACUUGAGUAGAAAAAAUCCAUCCCAAUAUCUUUUGAGUUUUGCCACUAAUUUCUAUGGAAACAGGACAUCUAAAACUUAGAGCCUGAUCUAAAUGAAAACACAAGCAAAAGACUGAGAAAGAGCGAGGCCAGGGAGCAGCAGUUGCAUUGCUUGGCAGUGACUGCAAAAGUGCUUUAAGCAUUUUCGCAUUCCUUCUUCCUUUCCUCAUUCCCUCCCCCAAAAUGUCAGAGUUCAGUUUAGACAUUUUGACUGAAAGUAGGAUAAUUCUAACUGGCAGGAUUUGAUAAACUGUAUUAUUGAAUGCAUAGAGUAUCCAAUGGGCCUAGUGUAGUCUUUUUUUUUUUUUAAUUUAAAAUAGGGUUUUGUUUACCAACAAUGAUACCACCGCUGGUUUUAGAUGUAAAUAAUGAUAUUUACUAAACUUAAAGAGACAUCAUUUUCUAAACCACAGUCUUGGUGGCCUUCUGAAAAAGACUAAAGUUGGUUUUGGUUUUCUCCCAUCUGUCUUGAGCCGGACACUUUCAGAUCUCCUGCAGUUUGUUGAGGGUCUCAGACCCUGCUCGCCUGCAGGUGGGAUGCAGUGUGUAGAGGGUUUCCUUGCCAACGUGCUGGCUGUGGCCUUUUCCUGAUGCUAAAUAAACUCCAAGAUGAAGGAAAUAUAAACUGCUUUAAAGCAUUCAAAAUCAAGAAAUCAAAUUUCUGUCACUAUGUAAUGGAUCCACACCACAAAACUCCUUCUGGAGUACGGUGGCCAGGGUUGAAGUUUGAUCUUGCAGAAGUGGUCCCUGUGGGAAGAAGGCCCAUUGUCACUUCUGCGCUGCCUCCUUGGGCACUCAAACCACCUGCACACAGGCCUUACAGAGCAUGGCUCUGUGUUGUAUGCACAAAGCCCAGUGAAUAAAACGAUUACUAACUCGGAAGAGCAGUCAGUGAGGUAAGGUGCUAUUAAAGUGAGCAAAAGAUAGAUUAUAAGAGUUUUCCUGCUUAAAGUAUAAUGUAUGCUCCAUCUGAUCCUGCCCUAAAGACUAAUAUUAUAUUUGCGACAGAGGCUCUAUCAAGCCAAGCAACAAUUAAGACAGCUGAGCUGCAACUUUAUAAAUGCCUGUGUACUAACCCUCUAACUGUCACCUCCUAGAGGUUACAGGGCACUUCCCCAGUGUUCAGGAGAUGUUCAGAGCAUUUAGAAGUCCGGGCUACAACCAGUAGGUGUCCACAAACAGGAAAUAGUUCCCAGUGUACUUAUGGCCUCAGAAAACUCCAGUGUCUCCUCCAGCCUGGAACUCUAGUAGCCCCCCUGGAAUAGAGUGGCGAACCCAUCAACAUGGACCUGCCCUGCUGGGUCAUUUGAGGCUCAAAAUGACGUUUGGCCUCCAGUCAUUAGAUUUUUUUUUUUUAAGGAGCCCUAUUUUUUUCCCUUUUGUGGGAGUAGAAAGAUGAAAAGUAACAGACUACUGAAAACCUUUAGAUGCAGGAAAAUUUCAUCUUCCAUAAGAGAGAAACAACCUUUCAUUAACCCAUUAUGCCAUUGGGCUAUGGCACUACCCCUCUUGAUUUUAUAUUGUUUCUCUACAAUAUCAAAUCAGUGGGUGAAAGGCAAACUCAAAAACAGGAACAUUUUCUUAAAUUAUGACUUAGUAGCAAAAAAAUUGGGGUUACUCUGAAGCUUACUGUGCUUAAACUUUUAGGCGCAUAUGUGCUGACCCCACUGCAUAGCAUGGAGAAAGGUCUUACAAUUCAGAGUACAGAAGGGAGGGACCCAGAGAGCCACUGUCACUGUGGAGGAAGCCCCAGGCCUGCUUCCAGAGGGAGGAGACAUGAGACUUCACUGUAGCUUUAUUUUUGCUACCAACUAAGUGAAAUUAAAACGAGAUCCAUUAUUUCUCCUAAAGAGUCAUGAAAUUCUUGAACUACAUGUCUCUUUUAUAGGAAAUCCAACUGAUAACUUUUGGGCUAUCAGAAAGCUCAUUGCUCUUUUCCCGGGUAUACAUAGAGAUCAACCCUACAAAAAGUAUGUAUUGUCCUUGCCCUGUAACCGUAACAUUCACUUUCUUUGGAGGAACAUUGUAGCAACUGUGGAGAAUAGAGAAGUCUGAAGUCUUUGUACCUAAAAGAAUUGCUAUGGCAUUAAACCCUGAUAUCCAUAAUGAGGGGCUUCCCACUAGUGUUAAACUGGGUAGAAACCCUAUUGCUCCAUGAGCUGCAGAGAGUCCGGAUUUCAUGCAGUUAGACAGAAAGGCCAUGAAUUCAGAAACAGCCACAGUAGUAUUUCUCUACCCUCUCAGUUCAUGGUGACUUAAGUGGAAAUAACAUUAUAGUGAGACUGCAAAGGCCAUAAGAUAUCUUUACAAGGUCACCUUUCUGAUAUAUUAAAAAGAAGAGGCAAAAGGGGAUAUCUAAAAUAAGCCCAGCUCACACACAGCUGCAACCUCUAAGUGAAACUCCUUCUCCCUCAUGUCCUUAACUAGAAAUAGAAUCACACAGGGCCUGACUUUUGAAGCGGGGCUCGGAUACCAAGCUCAGAGUGGAAAGUGAACCAACCCAAAGACUCUCGUCCACCUCCUGACUCUGCUCCUUGGAAAGUGUUCUGUUCCAUCUGCUGUGCCAUUUACUAUCAGAACAUAAAACCUGUUGUUUAUACCGACCAUUUUUCUAGUGUUUCCUAUGCUUUUAUGAUACCAAGUCUGUUCAUAUAUUUAAAUUAUAUGAAAUCAUAUUUUGGCAUAUUGGGAUGGAGAGUGAAUUCUUUACAAACUUUUAAAGAUGAUCUCAUUUGUAUGGCAGAAAACACUUUGGAUGUUAUAUAUGAGUAUAAAAAAUUUCCUUGUUUUAUUUUGCAUUAAAAAUAAAGUUUUAAUCAGUCAAUAAGA